AUGUACGGCGAUCCCCAACAGUUUCAGCAGCAUCAGCAGCCGCCCAAUCAGCAUCCUCUUGGUGGGGAUUUCCCAAGAGGCCCGCCCCUGCCAGGGCCACCGCCCAUGAUGAGGCAGCCAUCUGCUUCUUCAACUACACUCGCUCCCGAGUUUCAACAGCACCAUCAUCCUCGCCACCCCUCUGGCCCUGCUCCUCCUCCUUCCGAAGCCCAUGGGGAUAGUUUUGCGGCCAAAAGAAUGAGAAAGCUCACUCAAAGGAGGGCAGUAGAUUAUACUAGUACAGUCGUGCGAUACAUGCAGCUUCGUAUGUGGCAACGAGAUUCGAAGGAUAGGACUGUGUUGCAAUCAACUCCAGCAGCAGCUAUCGAUAUGUUGCCACCAGCUGCCUAUUCAGAUAAUCCAUCUACAAGCUUUGCCGCAAAGUUUGUCCAUACAUCAAUCAACAAAAAUCGUUGCUCAAUUAAUAGGGUGCUGUGGACUCCUACAGGGAGACGUCUUAUUACAGGCUCACAAAGUGGUGAAUUUACCCUUUGGAAUGGACAGUCGUUCAAUUUUGAAAUGAUUCUUCAGGCUCAUGAUCAAGCAAUUCGGUCUAUGGUAUGGAGCCACAACGACAACUGGAUGGUCUCUGGUGAUGAUGGGGGAUCAAUAAAGUAUUGGCAAAAUAACAUGAAUAAUGUGAAGGCGAAUAAAUCAGCUCAUAAAGAAUCAGUUCGGGACUUGAGCUUCUGUAGGACGGAUUUGAAAUUCUGUUCCUGCUCUGAUGACACUACUGUUAAAGUUUGGGACUUUGCUCGGUGCCAAGAAGAGCGCUCUUUGUCUGGCCAUGGGUGGGAUGUGAAAAGUGUUGAUUGGCACCCCACAAAGUCUCUACUAGUUUCAGGUGGAAAAGACAACCUCGUAAAACUUUGGGAUGCAAAAACUGGCAAAGAGCUUUGUUCAUUUCAUGGUCAUAAAAAUACAGUACUAUGUGUCAAAUGGAAUCAAAAUGGUAACUGGGUGCUGACUGCAUCAAAGGAUCAAAUCAUCAAGCUUUAUGACAUCAGGGCCAUGAAAGAACUUGAGUCCUUUCGUGGACAUAGAAAGGAUGUGACUGCAUUGGCCUGGCACCCUUUCCACGAAGAGUAUUUUGUUAGUGGGAGUUUUGAUGGCUCUAUCUUUCAUUGGCUUGUUGGACAUGAAACUCCUCAGAUUGAAAUUACCAAUGCACAUGACAAUAGUGUGUGGGACCUUGCUUGGCAUCCUAUUGGUUAUCUUCUUUGCAGUGGUAGCAAUGAUCACACAACCAAAUUUUGGUGUAGAAAUAGGCCAGGAGACACUGCUCGUGAUAAGUUUAGCACAGGUUACAAUGAGCAAAAUCCUGCUGGUUCUGCUCGUAUGCCUGGUAACUUUGUGGUACCUGAUGGACCCACUACUCCCGGACCAUUUCCACCUGGGCUAGCCCGAAAUGAGGGAACCAUUCCUGGCAUUGGAGUUGCAAUGCCCUUAUCUGAUACUGCAGCAAUGGGAGAACAUAAGCAGCCACAUCAAAUUUCAAUGCCAGUAGGGGCUCCUCCCCUCCCACCUGGUCCCCACCCUUCUCUUCUUGCUGCCAAUCAGCAGCAUUCUUUUCAACAGAAUCCUCAGCAGUUCAUGCAACAACAGCAGCAACAGCAGCAGCAGCAAUCACAACACCACCAGACCCAGCAAAUGGCCCCAGUGCCCAUGCAACCUCAAAAUUUGCCUCAGUUACAGCCUCCAUCGCAUUUCCCUUUGCUCCCACACCCAAAUUUACCUCGACCACCCCAAAUGCCCACACUGAAUAUGCCUUCACAACCUGGAUCAUUGCCUUCACCAGGACCUGCCUCGGUGCCCAUGCCUAUGCCUGGUCCAAUGGGGAUGCAAGGAUCUAUGGGUCAGAUGGUUCCUCCCAUGCAGCAAAACCAUUAUAUGGGCAUGAAUCCAAUGCACUCUGGACCUAUGCCUACCAGUGGUGCUCCACCUUCUGUCCAAGGUUUUCAGAAUAAUUUACCAAAUAUGCAGGGCCCAUCAAAUGCGUCUGGAGCACCAAUGUAUCCACAGGGUGGUGGAUUCAAUCGGGCACAGGCUGGGCAAAUGCCAAUGACGCCAGGGUUCAAUCCGUACCAGUUUGGUGGUCAACCUGGGAUGCCGCCACCGCAACCACCAGGCCCCCCGCCUCAUUCUCAGACGCCUCAGUAAUCCAUUCACCAUCAGUGUGCAUUGUAGAGAAUGCUCCUUCCCUUUCCUGUGUGGUAUUUAUUCCUUUCAAAACAUCUAGAGGUUGCUGUGAAGAUGUGUUUUAAAGGUCUUAGAGUAUUUGCUGUUUGACACAUAGAGAAACAUGAGCUUCUCCCUCUUCCCCUCCCUCCCGUAGAUUUUAGUUUUCACUUUUAUUCUUUUUACUUUAGUUGAUGUAACGUCUUGAUGACUGAUUUCAAUGACAAAAUCGUAAAUUCAUCAACUGACAGAAUAUUUUGUCGUGUAUUUCUUGAUUUGUACUUUACUUGAAUGCUUCAUAGUUAAAA